AUGCACCUUCCGGAUGAAGGAAAUCUGACAGGAGCCAAUUGGCGAGGUUUAAUGUAUGUCUCGAGCCUCUACUUUACCACAACAAGCCUCACAAGCGUUGGCUUUGGCAAUAUUUCACCAAACACCUCAAACGAAAAGAUAUUCGCCAUCCUCGCGAUGCUCAUUGGAGGUAAGAACCCCCAAACGAGCCCAUUUGCCAUUUUUAGUUGA